UUUGCACACUAUUGUUCAACCGAAGGCAAUAUGUCUGCAAAUGUCGGACAAAGAGCGCAGUUCCUGAGAGAAUAUCUCUCCAUCGAGGCAAAGGAUCUGGACGAGGACCUUAGUAUCGCACUCACAAGCCUCAUAACCACUGCGGUUCACGACGACGAGCCAAAGCAUGAUCUCAACAGCAUCGUAGAGGCUGUAAAGAAGAGCGGGACCGCAACCGACCUCGAACCUUUGACAGUUAUCCCGAUCGUUGUCAGGAGCAUCGAUAAUGGCGCAGACGCACUGAUGGACGUGAUGGCGGCGGAGUGCAGUGCAAAGGAGGUGGUCAUGGCCGUUGAGGAGGUCGUCGAGACCAUCGACAGGCGUCUUCAGUCCACAGACGAGGAGGAAGAAGAGGACGACGACACACGACACGCCUCAAGUUCAAGGCAGCUUGAGCGUCUCAUUCGGACUUAUACCACAUCUAUUCCGCGUUUGGUUCAAUGGAAGAAGUCCCCAAAACAGGCCGUCGAGUCACGAUUGACCGAACUCCAAUCGCUGAUAACGCUCGUCGGCGGCGACGCUACCGCAGAAGAAGGGCGGUCGAUCAUCAUAUCGAUUGCCCAACUGGUGUUUGCUUUGAGCCAGGGUGCAGACGCAGACACGAAGGACUUGAUGCGGAGCCUCGUUGAGUCCACGCUGGUCACCUUCCCUAACCAUAUACAUGGGAACCUCGCCCGAACGGCUUUCAUAGCGAACUUCCGCCGAUUGAUUAUUCCGCAGGCAGAGCCUGGGACAAGCUCACAGGAAGACGUCAUGGACACUGCUUGGGUGGCCCUCCAGAGCAUAGGUGUUACGACAGCGUCGUGCGAAAACACGCCCUCCCUAGCUUCACUGAUUCUGCUUGCGCACACGUCAUCAUAUUCGUUUUCCGCCCUCCGCAUAUCCGCAUUUUUUCCGGUUCUCGUAUCCUGCUUCCAGUCUAGCAUCUGUCUUGACGAGAUCUUGGCCAUUCUCAUGAACUACUUGGCUCCCCUACGCUCCGUGACUCCACGCCCGGAACUGGAGGUCGACCUGAUUAUUCCCCUGAUACACCUCCUCCCGCCUCUUGCCAGCAAUCACCCUGAUCCGGAUAUCCGGCACUACACCUUCCGCGUGCUUUCUCUCGUCCUCGGUCUUUCGCCUUCCCCGGUCCGUUUUCAGCUGCUCAAAGAUUUACUCGAGGACGAGGACACACCUCCUCAAAUGCGGACCGCCGCAGUCGGUCUCUUGAAGGAGGCCGUCAUGGAAGGCCUCUCUGCAGACGCUCAAAGCGCAUUUGCCUCGCCCCUCCUUCUCUCUACCUUCGGGCCCAUCGUUCUACGACCCGAUCCUCCGGAUAUUCUUGUUACGGCUACUUGUGAGGACUUCCUUGACGGCCCGGAACCACUGCGGCUGGUGGAGUGCCUGGGGUUCUUCUUCGUGUGGCUCCAGAGGGAUCGGAACAACAGAACGGGCGUGCGCGAUGGUACCUCACUCGAAAAUAUGCGGCGUUCACUGCUUGACCCGCUUGAGGCGGGACUGAUUAGGUGGAAGAAGGACCUCACCUCCGACGUUAGCAGCGGCGAGCACGACCACGAUGGCGCGCUGCGGCUCGACGUCCUCGACAUGUGGGUGGGAAGAAUACGUAGCGCCAUGGACGCUGUCCAAGUUUAACACCUUGGGUGAGUGCUUCCCGAUCAGGAUCAUCGUUAUCUGGAUUUGGCAGCGCUUCUUAUGGGCGCUCCAUGUGCUGAGUUCUGUCACGGUCCUAUUCGACCGGCUUGCUUAGUUGUAAACCUUGUAUCUGGCCACCGCAUUUCACACAUGGCAGAAUAGCCAUUCCUCUUUUCUUGCACAUCUAGAAGCUCG